AUGCGCAACAUCAUCGAGACAGCGUGGCAAUCUUCCGGAGCCCUCUACCACACCAUUCAAAGCAUGUCAGCGGCGUGCUUGUCAGAAGACUUCCCGCACCUGCUACCGUUGGCGCGGCGCGAACACGCUCAAGCAGUUGGGCUCAUACGCGAGCAAUCCUUACUGUCCAUGAACAAGCCAGCCAUGCUACUUGCUUCGCAGCUACUGGGGCACACCUCCAGCUGGCUGAACCCUCAGAACCUGGCCACCGACUUGUUUAGAGAUAGCAACAACAUUCUCAGAGACAUCGUCAAUGAGUCAGGCCAAGACUCUAGCGUAUCUUUCUUCAGCGACACGAUGGACUACUGGGCAAUGUUGCUGGCGUACUUGACAGAUGCUCAGAAACUGGGCGAUUACGGCCAGAACCGCUCGAUUGGGCCACUCAGCGCAGCCGGUUCCUGUGAACCUCACCCCUAUUCUGGGAUUUCCCGCGACACAGUCAGGUUGCUCGCAGACAUCGGAGUACUGAUCUUCCAGUACCGCAAACGCAUGUCGACUGUCAAAUUCCUCGCGGAGCAUGAUGUCGAUGUCUUCAGAGCUGCGCUGAGGGAAGCAAGAAGACUCGAGCGAACUCUGUUAGCGCAGCACCCGCCGGACCUCUCACGAAUGAAAGACCCCGGCGACCCGAAGACGCCGCUCAAACAUCUCGAACUUAUAAACGAGGCGUACAGGUGCACUGGGCUUCUGCAGUUAUACCGCGUUUUCCCCGAUUUACUCAACGAGCGUUAUGCACCAUGGGAUAAAGACCAACUACUGCGACCACUGCCCUCCGAAGCUAUCCCGACCAUACAGGAAAGGCAAACCUGGCUGACAAAACUUGCAAUGCACGUACUCGGCAUUUUGAGGGAAAUCCCCUUCGAAUCACGGACGCGAAGCGCACAACCCUUCAUCAUGGUUGCUUGCUCGAGCGAGCUGAGGCGAGACCCUCACCAUCUGCGAGCGUCAAACAACAUGAGAGGGCUCGACGUGCAGGAUUCGUUGGUGGUAGAUCCGGCCUCGAUCGAGGUGGCAAGAGCACGCAAGUUCGUUCUGUCGCGGCUGGCAGCUUAUACUCACAUCCUUCCCCUUCGGAAGAGCCGAGUCAUUUCCGAGUUGAUUGAUCAAGUUUGGGCGGCGCUGGACGGCGGAGAUAACGAUGUUUACUGGCUCGAUGUUGCGUACGCGAAGAAUCUGGGGACAAUGAUGGGUUGA